AAAGGUCGGAGACUAGCUCGGCAAAAUCCGUGGAGUAGGCGAAGUGGCGCGAACAUGCCGCGCGGUCGUUCCUCGGCUCCUUUUGCCUCCAACUGAAAUAUUGCGGCUCAACAAUAGACAUAUAACGACAUUGCGCGAAAGCGUCACUUGGCGGCGAAAUCAUUUUUUUACUCUUUGGGGGAAAAAAGAGAAAAAUAUUUAUUUUUUUUUGGUAAAUUUUGCUUUUUUGCCAAGAGGUAAAAAAAGAGAAGAGGGAAAACAUGAAAGAGUCGGUAAAUUCGUGGAUGUAUUUUGUGUUUACGUCAUAAUUUUUGUGUGUGGGACGUGUGUGUCCCUGCACGUUUGGCGUUCUUUUUUUGAUUGUAAGCGCGUCGUCAUUCGCGAGUCAUGAGUUUUUUGUGCGCGAUCGGCCAAGUGCCAGCAAAAGUGCGAGAGCUAUUGAUUUAAGAAUGAUUCGCGGUUCCCUUACGCACUGGAACGCACGUUGACCGGCUCUUUUUUUUAUCGAAGAGAUACCGUGAGUGUUGUUCUAUAUCGUCGUCGAGUGUCGUCGUCGAGUGUCGACCACCACAACCGUGAAUAACGGUGCUGUCUCUCUACCCCUUCCCCCAAAAGAACACCAGCAAUCGCUAUCAAUGGUGAAGCAGCCAAAACUGAUACGUGAUGGCGGAGGUCCUUCAAUGGUCCAGACAGUUUCCAUUUCCGUUUCCGACAGAUCGAGGAAGCGUGGGCGAAGAAAGCGCCUUUUUCGUGCCCAAGUCUUGAGAAUGCUGUCACAAAAGCAGGCAGGAAGUAGUUCAGAAGGUGAAACUGGCAGCAGUGGAAGUGGAGCCGUGACUCCAGGAAGUUUUUCAAAUGGCGAAGGUUCAAAGGAAUUUCUUUCGACUGGAAGAACUGGGAGACGAAAUGCAAUGCCCGAUAUUCUUGGGCAACACGCGGAAACUGGCACCGCCGAUUUGCCAGCACGACUUGAAGCGCUUACGACAGACGUCAAUCAUGAUAAACCGGGCACCAGCGGAAUAAGCAAAACUGAAGCACAAUCUUCCCAGUAGCAUAAAAAAAAGACUUUUCCGGUUUUGUAAUAAAUUUUGUUAAGAAUCUUUGAAUGAGCCCUUGGGAGAGUUUCUUGUUACAUCAGAAAAAAACAUGACCAACUUAUCUAACCAGCCUACUUUUUCUUAUGGAGGAAAUUACUUCUCGGCAAAGAGCAGCGAGAGGAAGAGAGAGAAAGAGAGAGAAAAAGAGAGAAGAAGAGAG